AUGCUGCGGCGUGGCGCGCAGGCGUACGGCGCAGCGACGACGACGACGGCAACCCACUGUGCGGCAGCCGCGCGCAGAGUGUGGCGGUACGCGGCCCGCAGCCGCCUGCGUGGGCUGUCGGGCAGCCUGGGCAACCUCAGCACCCUGCCCAGGAACACUUACAGCGCGGGCAGGCACAACUCUCCCGAGCGAUACAGGGAUGGCAGCGUGGGCCGCAGUCUGGUGCGCGCACAGCCCUACACGUCCAUCUACGAGCUGUCGCCACGGCGAUUCUCCGACCUGACUCCUCGCAGAACGCACAGCAUGGACGACAUCUCCCGCGCAGGCGUUGAUUCGUCGUUGAUCUCGGUGAACUCGGCGCACCGGCUGCUGUACGCCAUCGCUAAGAUCGAGGACUACGACCUCGUCGCGAAGCAGACGGGCGAGAGCCGCGUCAUACUGAGCGGCAUCGAGGCGCGGCUGAAGGAACGCAUGAAGCUGCUCAUGCCCAAGGACUACAAGAGCCUGGAGUUCAUCACGCUGAAGGGCAUCUCGAUCAGCGUGUCUCAGCUCGCGCACUACCUCGGCGAGUGCAACAACCGCCUGCGACUCUUCUGGACGACGGAGCUGCCGUCGCGCGAACUCGGCGGCGAGCCGCCCUACCACCGCAUACUAGCCGACGAGAACAUGAGUCUGAGAGAUACGAUAAACAAGCAGAGUCACAAGCUGUCCUCCCAGGAGAAGCUGCUGGGCAACGCUCUCGGAAAGCUUGAGGCGAGCACGCGUGUCAAGGCUGGGAUGGAGGAGGCCAUUAUCAAGCAACUGACAAAGACGCACAAAGUUCUGAAAAAGGCAAAAAGCAAUUUGGAGUACCGUUCCCAGCCAUCCUAGGAGUCCAGUCAUGCGAUCCAAUCUACAAAGUACCAGCUGUAGUUUUAUCAGUUGUAGCAGCCUGGUUGCAGGAAUGUUUAUCAGUUGUAGCAGCCUGGUCGCAGAAAUGUUUAUCAGUUGUAGCAGCCUGGUUGCAGAAAUGUUUAUUAGUUGUAGCAGCCUGGUCGCAGAAAUGUUUAUCAGUUGUAGCAGUCUGGUUGCAGAAGUGUUUAUCAGUUGCAGCAGCCUGGUUGCCUGAAAGUUUUAUCAGUUGUUGCAGUCUGGUUGCAGAAAUGUUUAUCAGUUGCAGCAGCCUGGUUGCAGAAAUGUUUAUCAGUUGCAGCAGCCUGGUUGCAGAAUUGUUUAUCAGUUGCAGCAGCCUGGUUGCAGAAUUGUUUAUCAGUUGCAGCAGCCUGGUUGCAGAAUUGUUUAUCAGUUGCAGAAGCCUGGUCGCAGCACCGUGCCGUAUUUCUGUCCUCAGGAACAAAUCGGUCGCUGCCUCUAACAGGAGUGACAAGUCUUCCUUCCUACGUGUUGUCACGGCCUAGCCAUUGUGCCUCUUGUUUGGUAGGGGGCGCCACUGCUGUACACUUCUCGGGUCGCCCCUAGCAACUGGUGUCCUGUAUUGCGCAGCCGAUCAUUUUAAAAGAAAAGCAACGUUUAAUGUAAUACAUAUAUUAACGUUUAACAGUUUAAUUUGUGUGCUUGUGAGUUCGAGAGUGCACGUGUGUGUGCAAAUUUGUAUGCAUGCGUGCGUGUAUGCAUGCGUGCGUGUGUUCGUAUAGAUGUGAGCACGGUGGUGAUUCGUGCGUGCGUUCGUGCGUGCGUGCGUGCGUGCGUUCAUCCGUAUGUUCAUACUAUGUAUGUUCACGUCAGUGAAUUUUUAACUAAUUAUUUCUAUAUUUCUUUAACGUUUUCUUCGUUAUUCUUCGUUCUGUAUGCUACGUGUGUUUCAUUAGUAACCCCUAAUUUCCACCCGCGAGAGUGAGAUUGAGAGAGAGAGAGAGAGAGAGAGAGAGAGAGUAUAUAAGGCGCUAUUGUUUGUUAGCUGCUGGCUCGUAGAGUUGCUGCUGCGUUUGCGGUGACCAGGACACCUCCAGCCUGUAGUGUUUUUUUCUAUGUUUGGUGAUAUUCCCUAAAUUGCUCGGUUUAUCCAGAUUUUAUAUAUAUAUAUAAGGUUUACAUGUUUGUUGUGACAAGCCACAUUAGUUCUUACGUUUCAUUCAGUCUUAGCGGUUGAUAUUAAUCAGAGGACGUGUAGUGUGUAACUGAUUUGGGGGGUGGGGUGCUAUGCGUUUGUGGGUACCGUACAUAUUGGGAGGGUGUGGGGGUAUAUUAUACUCAGCACGUGCCAAAGACCACGCGGGGUCGGUUGGUUAUCUCACGGUCUCUCUCGCUGCACACAGGAUAGGUUUUCUUUCCUAUUGCACUCCAGUGUCGAGGCCUCCUAGUUUUCUAUGCAGUCAUUCAUUCAUUGUAUUCUCGUGUAAAUAUUAGUGGCUACUAGCUAGAUUAGAGUACCGAAAUGGGAGCAUGAUGAUGAUAUGUAUAUAUAUAUAUAUGUGUGUGUGUAUAAUAUAUAUAUAUAUAUAUAUAUACAUACAUACAUACAUACAUAUAUAUAUAUAAGCGCCAGUAGCUUUCGUGUGUCACUCGUGAACUCUCCUUGCUCCAUGCACGCAUCAUUUGAUAUGACGUUGUGAGAAGCACGUGUGUAGGCGUGAGGUUUUGUUAGCUUACGAAAGACAACGGUAAGUGUUUAAUGUGAAAGUAACGAAUGAUGUACACGAAAGGCUGCGAAUUGUAGCAAAAUUAGUUUUACUGUACGAAUGCAGCGUGUUCGCCUUCUAACAUUAGACUGUAUGUAUAGACAUUGAAAAUGUGUGAUUGUCUGCCAAUAAAUAUAUCACUACCUUUCACUUGUUACGAAUAAA